CGGCCCACCACUUGCCUCCUCCGUUACCCAUACCCCCCACCCCCUUGCUUCUCUGCAAAGGAGCGGGGCUUCUCUUUCCCCCUUUCUCCAAUCCUCUCUGCGAAUUAAACUUACUCUCUCCGCUUUGAAUGCUUCAGAUAAUCAUUCUUCUUUCUCAUUGGGGAAACUGCUCUCUUUCUUGUUUAACUGUGCAAGCAGAAAUUUUAUCUGGUUCGCAUCAAUCCGAAACCACUCAUGUCUACCAUUUCGAUCCACAGAACUCAGUUGUUGACAUUCUCUGCUAAUCGAUCACGUACUAACCGCCACAAAAUCCCCACAAUUUCCGCCUCCUGGACAAUGAUAAUGGAUUCAAAGUCUUCCAAUACAAGGAAAACUGAGGAGCUAUCACUACAACUUACCCGCUCCUCGAUUCCUGAACCUCAAACAUUAGAUUUGUCUCGUCUGAAGUUUGACCGACUUCAGCUAGCGGAGGACGAGGUCAAUCAAAGCCCAAGGAUUGAAUUUGGACGGUUUGUGGCACGAGAGGCUGUGCUCGAUGAAGAAUAUUGGACAGCGGCAUGGCUGCGAGCAGAAAGUCACUGGGAGGAUCGAAGAAAUGAAAGAUAUGUUGAUAACUACAAAAGGAAAUUUGCAGAGCAGGAAUUCAAUGCCAUCAAAAGAAGAUGCAAAGGGCUACAUGGGCAGAAGUGUAUGUGCAUUGUCACGGACUUGGUGAAGAAGAAAGAGAGGAAUGUAAAGUGCAGUGUACUCAAAAGUGUGGUUGGAACUCUUGAUCUGAGCAUCCGAUAUUUGUUGCAUGGAGAGACCUUUCCUGGGGAACGGGUGAAGGUUCCUUCCUUCAGUACUGUGAGUAGAACGGAUCCAAACCGAUAUGGAUAUGUUGCAAAUCUCUGUGUUGCAAAAUCAGCUCGACGUCAGGGUAUUGCUAGCAGUAUGUUACAUUUUGCCAUUGAAUCUGCCAAAUCCCGAGGUAGUGGCGCUGCAGGAAUUAAACAAGUGUAUGUGCAUGUAGAUAAAAACAACAUACCAGCACAAGAACUGUAUAAAAUAAUUGGUUUUGAGAUGAUCAGUAUGGCGCACUCUCAGCAGGGAGAAGAGCAGACGUACUUGCUUUGUUUCAAGGCAUAACAGCUUAUUCAACAAAAUUUCUUAGAUACUUUUCCUUGUGUGUGUAUAUGGGAAAGUGUUCAACACAAAUUCUUGGAUAUUUUACCUUUUGCGUGUAUGUGGGAUGAGUGUUCAACAUAUUUCUUGGAUACUUUUCCUUUUGUGUGUAUAUGGGAAAGUCAGAUAGAUUGUAAGCUACUACGGUGUCGGGCACAAAUGUUUCUGUACGUAAUGAAGGGCAAUAUUUAUCAGCAGCCUUUUCGCACCUGUGAA